GACAAUUUGACACACCGAAGAGGAUAUACGAUUCAAUAUCUUCGCAAUUUGCCCCAUUUUUCAAAAAAUAUACGGGUGUCUUUAAAAAGUUACUUGAACAAGGAGAAAUCAGUUACAUUAUGAAUGACAUCCAGUUAAAAAUUAAGCCAUUUGGUGGGGAUCUAUUUAGUGAGAGAGCAAUUACUUCUAACAAUGUCAGUAAGUUGCUUGAUGAUAUUGGUAAUGCUCUCCCGAAUUGGACCUACUGGGAUGGUUACAAGGUACCUCCACCCAUUUUGGUCAUCAAUGAAGCAAACAUGUUUAUGGGAAUUCAAAAGAGGGAAAAGUUCUCCUUAAAUCAAUUCUGA